CAGUUAAGUUAAGCCAUUUAUUCCUCUCAGCACCAAAGCGUGACACUAUUUGCUUUCUUACCUUCCAUUCUUUCAUUCUCUCUCUUGCAUUACAGCGACACUGUUCAAAUCUCUUUUCUUUCUAAAAAUUAAAAGCAAAGAAUUUACGUAAGAGACUGAGAUUGAGUGAGUGAAUGGAGUUUAGUAACCUCACUCUGGAGAUCUUCUCCAAACUGGAGCAAAAAUGGCUCUCACAUUGUAAAGCCACCAACAAAACUCGCAUUCUCAGCAUUGACGGCGGAGGAACCACCGCCAUUGUCGCCGGCGAAGCUCUCAUCUACCUCGAGGAUCAGAUCCGUGUUCACACCUCCGAUCCUCACGCUCAGGUAGCCGAUUUCUUCGACAUCGUCGCCGGCACCGGCAUUGGCGCCAUCCUUGCCGCCAUGAUCACCGCCGGCGACACCUUUGGUAGGCCGCUCUACACCGCCAGGGAAGCCGUCCGUCUCGUCUCGGAAAGAAACUCUGAACUCUACAAGCUCAAAUCCGGCGGAAUCUUCCGCCGGCGCCGGAGAUUCUCCUCCAGGAGCAUGGACAACGCGUUGAAGCAAGUGUUCCAGAGAAAGGAGGAGGACGGACGGUUGUUGACCUUGAAGGACACGUGUAAACCGCUCCUUAUUCCUUGCUUCGACCUCAAGAGUUCCGCGCCGUUCGUGUUUUCGCGCGCCGACGCGUCCGAGUCUCCGAGCUUCGACUUCGAGCUCUGGAAGGUGUGCCGUGCCACGUCAGCGACGCCGAGCCACUUCAAGCCGUUCGACUUCGCUUCCGUCGACGGCAAGACCUCGUGCUCCGCCGUCGACGGCGGCCUAGUCAUGAACAACCCUACUGCGGCGGCCGUCACGCACGUCCUCCAUAACAAGCGCGAUUUCCCGUCGGUGAACGGCGUGGAGGAUCUGCUCGUCCUUUCCUUGGGGAACGGAUCGUCGAACGCAAAAGCGUGCGAGACUCGCACGUGCUCAACGCCGUCGGUGGUUGACAUUGUGCUCGACGGUGUUUCCGAGACCAUUGACCAGAUGUUAGGGAACGCCUUCUGCUGGAACCGUACGGACUACGUCAGAAUCCAGGCUUUCGGUUUGGAAAGUGAAGCAAUGAAGAAGGAAGAGGUUCUCAAAGAGAGGGGACUCGAGUCGUUACCGUUUGGCGGGAAGCGGUUACUCACAGAGACUAACGGAAACAGAAUAGAUAGCUUCGUGCGACGUCUUGUUGCUACCGGAAAACCAAGCCCGCCGUCAAGUCCCUGCAAGGAUUCCGCCGUCAACCCUCUCGCUAACGGUCGCUAGUUUUUUUAUUUUACUUAAUAUUUUAGCUUCUUUUUUUUUUUUUUUAGAUUUUAACGGUGUAAAGUGUAACUAGUGUUUUUACCUAGUUAUGCCAGCUGUCGUAGUUAAUAGCAUUUAAUAAUUUACCACUGCUACCUGGUGUAUUUACUCAUUGCCUUCUUUUACAAUUUUCCUCAAUUCAUUUU